AUGGAAAAGCUCCGUCUUCCAACCUUCGACGUUGUAUCUGACCCUUCUGCUCACGUCACAUCCUUUAAUAUUGCGAUGCGACGCGCGAACCUCUCUGAUGAGGAAAAAGACGCCGGCUUUUGUCAACAUUUCGUCGAAACCCUAGAAGGCAUCGCUCUUAACUGGUUCACCGGUCUUCAAGAGAACUCUGUUGAUAGUUUCCACGACCUCUCGACGGCCUUCCUCAAAAAUUACAUCAUGUUCACUCGACAAGAAGCCACCGCCACGGAUCUCUGGAACCUCAACCAUGCAAACGGACAGAGCUUGAGAGAUUUUAUGGAAAAGUUCAAAUCCAUUGUCUCAAAAGUCGACGUACCAGACCAUAUAGCCGUGGAGUCGUUGAUGAACACCCUCCAUGCUGACUCCUCGGAUGAUGAAACUCCAUCGCGGCAACGAGAUCUGCGUGAAAAAUUGGAUAGGAAAACGAGUUCCAAGGAUCUGUGUACCAUUCUGAAGCGGAAGGCCGCAACGGUGAACGAAAGCAGGACGGACCUUCGGACAUCUCUUGACGAAUCCAAAGCAAAGAAGACCGCCCAGAACGGAACGCCCGCAAGUUCUCAAUCCCUACCCGCAGAUCUACGUGAACAAAUAAACUCCAAAGUGGAAGACUUACGCGUUAAGCUUAGUCAGCCCAAGCAACAAGAUUUGCGACCGUGCCUCGAAGCGAAAUGUCAAGCGCAACGAGAGUUGUUAAAGGCUACGAACACCUCGCACCUUAACGUCAUAAUGGGUGGUUUACCUCCCUACGGGGACUCGGUGAGAGCAGUUAAGGAUUACAGACGACAAGCCGUCACUGCCCAAAAGUGGCCUUCACAAGUAGAAGCCGACCACCGAAUCUCUUUCUUGGCAGCCGACACUGACGGUGUUAGUAUGCUGCAUAAAGAUCCGCUCCUCAUUGAUAUUGGAAUUGGUGAAUGCCAGGUUACAAAGGUUCUCGUCGACACUGGCAGUUCAGUCGACCUUAUCUUUCGAGAUACGCUCGACAAAAUGGGGAUCGACCUACGCGACAUGAAGCCCUCUUCACGCACUCUCACGGGAUUGAACGGCUCCUCGGAGCAGAUGAUUGGAACGAUACGUCUCCCAGUUUACACAGGUGACAUAACCCGCACAGUUAAGUUCUCUGUCAUUCGGGCUAAGGCACCUUACAAUGCCAUCCUCGGUACACCCUGGUUACACUCCAUGAAGGUCAUUCCCUCCACUUAUCAUCAGUGCGUUAAGUUUCCUGGAAAAGACGGCACAAUACGGACAAUCCGUGGGGACCAACGGGCUGCGAGAGAACUGCUUAUCGCUGCAGUCAAAUUACAACAGUCCAUCUCCCUCGUUAGCGCAGUCAACAAACCAAUCCAUAAGAUCUAUCCUCAAAAGGAAGAAAUCCGCGAGGUACCCAUCGACGAGGCUGACGUAUCAAAGGUCGUGCGCAUUGGCGCCUAUCUCUCCGACGAAAUGCAGUGA